UCUAUUCUCCAAAUUCUUAUUCACAUAUUCUCUUUCUAUGAAACAGAUGAUAUAAUGGAUGCAUUGUUACUGUGAAGAGGGAGAACCAGUUUCAACUGGUUUGAGGGGAUUCCCACCACGGUGAACUCUGGUUGCAGCAUUUCUGAUGACAAGAUUCUGUCGACAAGCUGAUUUUGAGGGAAACUCUGUCUACUUGUGAGAUGGAAGCCCCGGGAAACCCUUCAGGUAUGGAUCCUUGUGUCGAAGAAGGAGAUUGCAGAGUAAUCGUUAAAGAAGAACCUCCAGAAUUUGAGCCAACUUCCCUCACAUUCUAUGGCCAGAUCAGUGAUGCCAUUAGUCAUGGUUCAAAUUCUUCAGGAAAUGGCAUUUGUUCUUCAAACUUGUCACAAAGUUGUGCAUUUUCUUCUGAAUCUUCCUCUCAAAGCACUGCCACGUUAGGAAAAGACUGUAAAUACUCUGGUCCAUAUAGUAAUGAGAUCGAUGGAUAUGCACAUAGCAGUAAGAUUGAUGGAGGAUAUACAAGCACAGGCAAUCAUGAGAGAAAACAAGAGGAGAAUACUGAGAAUUUCAGCACUGAACUGCCUAGUGUCCCUCAAGGUGCACUAUUAGGUACUACAUCAACUUUGGUUCGUUUGGAUAAUAAUGAAGCAGAACCUCCAGAAUUUGAUCCCACUUUCGUAAGAUUCAAUAGCCUAGAGAGUAGUGAAGAACCAUCGGUAGAAUCCCAAUCUUUGAGAAAUGGCAUUUGUUCUUUAACCUUGUUACAAAGUAACACGUUUUCUUUUGAAUGUUCCUCACAAAGCACUGCCAUUUUAGGAAAAGUCUGUAAACACUCUGGUGCGCAUAGCAGCAAGAUUGAUUUAGGAGAAAGUAUAACUGGUGCCAAUCAUGAUGAGAGGAAAGAAGAGGAGAUGCAUGUGGAUUUGACCAUUGCACCACAGGAUGUUCCUCAGGGUGUUCAUCAAGGCCCACUCCUAGGUACUGAAAAAACUUCUAUUUAUUCAGAUGAAAUUAAAGCAGAACCUCCUGCAUUUAACCUGACUGAACAACCACAGGAAGAAUGCCAGAGUUUUGGCCCAAAUACCUCUAGAAAUAGCAAAUGUUCUUCAAGCACAUUACAAAGUAACAUGUUUUCUGCUGAAAGUUCCCCAUCAAGGACUGCAAUGUUAGUAAAAGAUUGUAGGAACUCUAGUGCAGAGUGUAUGACUGGUACCAAUCAUGAUGAGAGCAUAAGAAAAGGGACAAGUGAUAAUAUCAGCAUUAAAUCACCUGGUGUCCCUCAAGGCGCAUUAUUAGGUACUCCAACAACUUCUUUUUGUUCAAAUGAAGUGCGGACAAACCAUUCUAUGACUUCAUUAGAAAAAACUUUAGAGCUUGUAAAGAAGAGAAAGAAUGGGAUGAGUAAGGUUGAGGGUGAAAGUUGCAAGAAGGCUAAGAGGAAGAGAAAACCAACAAAACCUACAAAGUCAAUGGAAUACUGCAAUGAAGCUGAAAGAAUGGUUCUUGGAAACCUGCCAUCACCCAAAGCAACGGCUUCUUAUUCAACGGAUCAGGUUAUGUUGAUAGAGGCUGAUUCUUCUGCUCUCAAUGAUGAACAGUUCUCACAGUUUUCAACUCAGCACAUGCAUUGUCUUUUGAACUUCAAGCGAUAUGAAUGCCUCCAGUGCGGCCUAGGCUUUGCCUCUAAGAAAGCAAUGAAUGUCCAUAUCCGAACCCAUUCUGAAGAAAAGCCCUAUUGGUGUACAGAGUGCGACAUCGGCUUCACAGAACAUCAUUUGUAUAUGUCGCACAUGCAGAGUCAUAGGCCGUAUGAAUGUGACGAAUGCGGUGCUGAUUUUGCUGACAGUACAACCUUGCAGAUCCACAAGCUCCUCCAUUUACAGUCAAAGAACUUCAAGUGCUCCGUCUGCUCCAAGAUGUUCAAGCAGAGGGCUGGAUUGGCCAGUCAUAUGAUGAACGCCCAUCCCCAAAGCCACACUGAUGAUAAGCCAUUCUGGUGUAAAGAAUGUAACAAAGGCUUCACCCAGAAUCAUUCCUACAAGGCUCAUUUGCGGAUCCACUCAGGGGAACGUCCAUACCUUUGCAAAGAAUGCGGUGCUGCCUUUGCAGACAACAAAACCUUGCAGAACCACAAGGCACUGCACUCCGACGAGAAGACCUUUAAGUGCACCGUUUGCCCCAAGAUGUUCAGGCAACGAGCUGGGCUGGCUUGUCAUAUGAAGACCCAUACCGACGAGAAGCCGUUUAUGUGCGAGCUGUGCGGACAAAGCUUCAAGACGAAGUCCACCUUGAAGAAUCACCAAAGGAUACAUUCUGAGGAGAAACCUUACCAGUGUCCACUGUGUCCUCAAGCUUUCAAGCAGAGAGCCGGUCUUGCCUGCCACAGUAAGGUCCAUGACAAGGGAAUCCCUUAUUAACACGAUGACUACUGGAGAAACCUUACCAGUGUCCACUGUGUCCUCAAGCUUUCAAGCAGAGAGCCGGUCUUGCCUGUCACAGUAAGGUCCAUGACAAGGGAAUUCCUUAUUUACACGAUGACUACUGAAUAUUCUAAAUCUCUUAGGCUUAAGUUCCUUUAGGCAAUGCGUUUAGCAAGACUUCACAUUCUUCAUUGCCACAACCUAUCUUUGUACCAAUUUCUAGAUUUGCCCUCAAGCUUACAUUCAAAGGGCUAGUCUUGCUUGCUAUAGUAAGGUGGGUGUGAAGACAUUAAACCCAUUGUGAACCAGCGAAGCUCAGGUGCACAGAGUUUCCAAGCUAGGAACUGUUACAACUCAACUACCUCGACUGAUUCAACUUAAAGGGAUCCGGUAACUUUGUCUUAGAUCCUUUAAAAACAAUCCUUGAUUUAGCUCAUGCUGCAAUGAUAAU